AUCCAUUCACUGGCUGAGAUACCCACAGAUCUUGUGCUACCCUUCAUAUUGCUCCUGAACACCCACAGCUGAGAUGUCCUGCCAGCAGAGCCAGCAGCAGUGCCAAGCCCCUGCCAAGUGCCCUCCCAAGUGUCAGACCCCAAAGUGCCCUCCAAAAUGCCCCCCUAAAUGUCCUCCCAAGUGCCCCCCUGUGUCUUCCUGCUGUAGCCUGGGUUCUGGGGGCUGUUGUGGCUCCAGCUCUGGAGGCUGCUGUAGCUCUGGUGGCUGCUGCAGUUCUGGGGGUGGAGGCUGCUGCUUGAGCCACCACAGACCCCGCAGAUCUCUUCGUCGCCAUCGUCACAGCUCUGGAUGCUGUAGCAGUGGUGGCAGCAGUGGCUGCUGUGGCAGCAGUGGCUGCUGUGGCAGCAGUGGUGGCAGCAGUGGCUGCUGUGGCAGCAGUGGUGGCAGCAGUGGCUGCUGUGGCAGUAGCCAGCAGUCUGGGGACUGCUGCUGACCUGCAUGAGGAAGACUUCAGACAAAUGGUACAGGAGGAGAACACGCUCAGAAGACUCUCCAUUGGGUGAUGUCCUCUCCUCCUGCUUCCCUCCUUGUUCUGCCCUCUGAGUUGCUGAAAUCUCCUGGAAAAUGUUCUGAAUUGUCCUCAUGAAAUGACAAUGACCAUUUGCCUCUUUGUUAUAAAUUAAAUAAAAAUCUUGACGACCAUUCCUUAAAAGAGCAUUGCUUUUCUUUUUCUUUGGCCCAUCCUGUUUCUUGUCAUGUAUUAUCUUUUCCUUCAAACACACUGUGCCACCCAGAGCAAUUGUCCUCUUUUAGAUGUGUAUGUAUUUCCUAUGACGUCAUACUAACACCUGUACUCUAUCUGUAAGAACUUCUUUUCUAUUUUUUUGUAAUUUUUAUUAAACAUUUUCUUUAUUUACAUUUU